AUGCCUAGUGGUUUUUAUUCUACUGUUAUACUUGAGAAUAGGGCAAUGUAUAUAUAUGUUAGUUAUUAUUUAUAUUUCAAUUUAACUACAUUAUUAUUCUAUAUAAAAGAAAAGAAACCUUAUCAAGAUUACAAUAUGCUUCAACCAGAUGAACUUGAUGCAAUAGAAAAAUUAAAUGAAUUAUGUGAAAAAGAAGAAAAAUUAGAUAAACAACCAUUUAAAAAAAAUCAUAAAAAUCAUCAUCAUGAACAUCAUAAUAAUAAUUUAUCAUCUGUAUUUCGUUGUAGUGAUACACGUACAUUGAAAGCAAUAAAAAAUGUGUCAAAAGAUGAAUUCAAUACUACUAAUACUACUGAUACUACUACUACUAAUACUACUACUACCAAUACUACUAAUAAUAAUCAUAAUAGUAAUAUAGACGAUAAUCAUUUAAUACCAACUGGUUUACCAAGAAUUCAAACAAAAAUUACUGUUAAAAUAUUAAAAUAUGAUUGUUGUAUCACAGUAAUAUUAGAUCCAACAACUAAAUUAAAUACAAUUAAAGCAAUGUAUGAUUUAAAUGAACAACUUAUUAUUAUUGGUUAUCAACGUUUAAUUACAUUAAAAACAUUAGAUCAUUUACCAAUGAAAUUUAAUGCAAUUAUUGAACAAAAUAAUAAUUUAAAUUAUGAUUUAACAACAUACGUUGAACAUAGAUAUAAAGUAAAUUUAAAUAUGUAUUAUUUAAAUUCAGCGCGUGUAAAACAAAAAAAUAAUAUUGUUUAUAUUAUUAUACCGCGGAAAAUUUAA